AUGCUCACCGGGUUCUCCGACGCCCAGACAACGCUAUCCAAUCGGCACAGGCACCUGGGCACCCCGCACAAGUUUAUCAGCCGUGCUCCCCACUUUUGGAGAUUAUUCUCGACGUAUCUUUGUCGAUGCGAUUAUAACCACGAAGGCAGAGUCAUUAUGAGCUUCGGCUUUAGUAUUGGCGACUUUCUCACGGUCUUUGAGCAUGCCAAUAAGCUUCGAAAACGAUUUGUUAAUGCGCCGGCGCAAUUCGAUGCGCUAUCCGAGCAAGUUCGGAACCUCUCUAUUGUGGUUCAUGACGAAGAUCUCGCCUUGACCAAUGCGGUCCUCGACAACCAGCUAAAGGCCGACAUAAGAAAGAUAGCAACUAGCUGUGGAGAUGUUCUCGUCGAAAUUGAGAGCACUCUUGAGCGAUAUGAUGAGAUAGACACGGGCCACGGUGUCAAGAAGGCUUGGAAACGAUUGAGAUGGGACCAAGAGGAAGUCCGUGAGCUUCAGGAUCGUGUUUGUUAUAACAUCAACCUCCUCAAGGGGAUAAAUGGCCGUAUCACUCGCGACAAUGUUGUGGAACUGUUGGAACACCAAAAAGAUGAACAGCACCAGGCUUGUUUAGAUUGGUUGUCGUCUACAGGUUAUGCAGAAGUUCAAAGCGAGUAUGUUAGUCAACGUCAGCCUGGGACUGGAGAGUGGCUUCUCGAAUCAUCCAACUUUCAGGACUGGGUAGCGAAGCCUGGAGCGACUCUAUUUUGCCCAGGAAUUCCUGGAGCUGGAAAAUCGAUUCUGGCGUCCGUCGUCAUCGAAGAGCUGAAUACUCGCUACGAAUUUGAUUCGACGGUUGGAAUUGCAUAUUUCUUCUGCAGUUUCCAGACACAUGAUGACCAGAGCCAGAAGAUAGAGACCCUACUCGCAUGUUUUCUUCGUCAAUUAGCUCGGAGUCUCCCACAAAUACCAGAGAGCCUCAAAGCCCUGUUCCAGAAGCACAAGAGUCGAGGCUCGCGACCGUCACUCGACGAAUACUUUGCCAGCUUAAGGUCUACUAUGAAGCUGUUCUCGCGGACUUUUAUCGUUAUCGAUGCACUGGAUGAGUGCCACUUUUCGACGAUAGCGCGGCUGUUGGAUAUGAUAUUGGAGCUUCAGGGUCCGGGCAACCUCAACCUUUUGGCAACUUCGAGAUUGAUUCCUGAAAUAACUGCCAGGUUCAAGAAUAAGCCUACUUGUGAGAUUCGUGCUGCGAUGCCGGAUGUCAUGGAAUACCUCUGGGGUAACUUGGGCAAACUGCCUUCAUUUGUAUCGCGGGAUUCACAAUUGCAAGAAGAUGUUGUUCAUAAGAUCACUGACGCCGCCGACGGAAUGUUCCUUCUCGCACGACUUAUGCUGGAAUCCUUGCAACACAAAUCGUCACCCAGAAAGAUGAAACAAGAACUCAGUGGCUUGACAAGUGUUGCCAGCCACUACGAUAUUGCAUACGACACGGCAUAUGACAAGGCCAUGGAAAGAAUUCAGGGCCAAGUCCGAGACCAGCGAAAGCUAGCGGAAGAGGCCUUAUCGUGGAUAACCUGUGCAACACGACCUCUCACAGCCCUGGAGCUACGAAACGCUCUAGCUGUGGAAAUUGGCGAGUCGGAGUUCUACGAGGAUAAUAUGCCUGAUUUGGAAGACAUCAUAUCUGCAUGUGCAGGCCUGGUCACCACCGUCACACGUUCUUCGGGCGACGUGAUCAGGUUGGUCCACGCCACGGCGAAAGAGUAUUUUGAGCGAAAAUGGACAAUAUGGUUUCCAGAUGCGCACAGCAGAAUUGCCACGACAUGCGUCACAUAUCUGUCUUUUGAUGUCUUCAAAGACGGCAUCUGCUCCAACCAGACUGAUUUCGAAGCACGGCUCCACAAAUACCCUCUGUACGCAUAUGCCAGUAUGAAUUGGGGUCACCACGCUCGCAGUCAACCAAUAGAAGAAAGUCUGAUGAUUGAAUUCCUUAGCAACAGACUCAAAGUCGAUGCUAGUGUCCAGGUGCUCUUCUAUCUUGGCGGGUACUUCACGCAUAGUGGGUAUAACCGCAACGGACCCCCAGGGUUCACGGGAUUACAUCUAGCAGCAUACUUUGGGCUACUGAGUGUGGUGAAGUCUCUACUCAAAAAGGAUCCAGGUCUCACUUCAACCAAGGACUCGAUGGGCCGAGUGCCUCUAGCUUGGGCAGCGUACAAAGGCCAUGUCAAAGUGAUUGAGGUUUUCAUGAAUGACGGGCUCGAUGCGAACCUCAAAGAUGGGACUGGUCGGACACUAAUAUCGUUGGCAGCUUCGAUGGGCCAUCCUGAUGUUGUGAACUGCUUCUUGGAGCAGAAAGUCGACCCAAAUAUCAGAGACACCGACAAUCGAACCCCUCUUUCAUGGGCAGCUUAUCGAGGUCAUCUUGAAAUUGUCAAAUCUUUGCUUGAAAAUGGAGCAGAUCCCGAGGCCAGAGAUGAGUAUGGCAGAACGCCUCUUCUAUGGGCAAGCUACGAAGGCUGGGUCGAGGUCGUCAAGCUACUUCGGGAAAGAGAUGUGGAUAUCGAGACUAGUGAUAGGCUUGGUCGGACUGCACUCUCGUGGGCCUCGGAGAAUGGACAUGUGGUCGUGGUAAAGCUGUUGCUGGACAAAGGAGCUCGACUUGACUCGAAAGACGAACAAGGCCGGACGCCUCUAUCCUGGGCUAUCCGGAACCAGCAGGAAGCAAUAUGCUCGCUUUUAAAAGCAGCAGAGCAAUCGGAAGAUGAACGGUCUCAGUCCCUUGAUCUCGAUACGAAGCUUGACCCCGGAUCAAACCAUGCACCUCUCAAUUUCUCUGCUUCACUCGGCACAAAUGACCAUCAGGUACCAGCCCCAAAGCCCACAGAGCUCAAUCAGACAAGUGCCGACGAUGGAAGGUGUUUCCAGUGUCCAUUGUGUAAUCGCUCUUCAUUGACGUCGAACAAACACGUCCUCCAAAGACAUGUGAGGGAUCUGCACUUCCCUCGAUUUAGAUUGGUCUGCCCAGAGUCCAGUUGCCCAAGGUCGUUCCAAAGGAAAGACAAAUUUCUGAUCCAUAUGAAGGAUCAGCACCAGAGGGAUAUUCAAGGGGAGGAAAUGAAUGCAUGCCAAAGAGAGGAGCCACUUCCGGAGGGUUGCAUUAUUUGUGGGAAGCAGGUUACCUCGUGGGAGGAUUUCUAUACAUGUAUUGAAACACACAUUCAGGAACCAUAUCUUGUCCAAGAAACUCCAUAA